GAACCACAUUGUGCCCAGUACGAAACCGUCCAAAGUGCCCACUAGCACAUAGGGGAAAAAAAACGUAAAUAUUCUCAUACAAUUAUACAAGAUACGAAUUAGCAUGCUGUAUAUAUGAAGAAGCUUUUUGUGGUUGCAAUGCGCUCGCUAGAUUUCUGCCAUUUGAUAUUUCUUUCUCUUCUCUCCGAGUCUUUCUCUGUUUCUCAUGGGCUCAGAGGUUCAGGCAGAGCCGAAAUGGGAAGGCAAAACCUCAGCCGAGCUCAAAACCUCACCACCACAAGAGGUCUGGCCUUUCCUAGCCGAUUUCUGCAACUUACACAGAAUCUUCCCUGGCGUUGAAACUUGCUCCCAAGUCGAGGGAGUCCCCGGCCAGCCGGGUCUGAUCCGGUACUGCGCCGGACCGGCUACCGAUAACGACGAGACCACAGUUAAGUGGGUCAAAGAGAAGCUGAUCGCGGUUGAUCCGAUCAAACGAUGCUUGAGUUACGAGGUCGUUGAUAGUAACAUGGGGUUCAAGUCGUAUGUUGCAACCAUUCAAGUGGUUCCGGUGAAAAACAACGACGAAGAAGGGUGCGUUAUCGAGUGGUCAUUUGUUUGUGAUCCGAUGGAAGGGUGGAGAGGGGAGGACUUCCGGUCUUAUGUGGAGGCUACUAUACAAGGGAUGGCAAAGAAAAUUGAAGAUGCUCUUCUCUCUAGUAGUACUAGUGCUGCUGUAUGAUGAUGAUUUACAUUGUGCAGUGUUCUUGCUACUGUGUCGUCUCAUGUAAUGAGAUUCUAUAUUUCUAGUACCAGAUCAAUGUUGUUGUACUGUGUCUCCGAUCCGAACGUUUUGUUUUGAGAUCUGUUUUCAUUAGUUGCUUGCUCGUUCCAGUUGUUCUUCAUCAAGAUGCUACGCUACCGU